AUGAUUCAUGGAGUUGUUAAGGCUGAUAACGGUGAAGCAAAACGCUGGGAGUUUGUCGUCAUGAUGAUACAUCUUCCUCCUUGCAAUUUGGAAUAUUUGGCCUUGAAUCCGAAUUUUCUCCUUCUACUACGUCCAUGCUGUUUCCUCGGGUAUCUGGAAGAUCUGUACAAACCUCCAGGCCCCGUCCAACAUAUUAAAACGGAAAUCCUUUCGAACGCCGCGCCUUAUUUAACAGUUGCUCGGAGUCCGUUCGUCAAGGAUUUGUUACUCUACGCCCAUCGGAGACUAUGCCAACGACUAUUACAGUUGCACGGCGAUCUGGAACAGCGAUUAGGUCAGGUUUGA